UUUCUGCGAGCAAACAUCGAUCUUAUCUAUGUAUGUGAUGCGGCGUGGUUUCGCAAAUCUUAAGCGGCACAUCAUCGCCCGCCGAUAAGGCUCUAUCUGCAUGUUCAAACUUCGAACAUUCCCAGGUCGCUACCACAAAACACACUAUACCUUUCUCGCAUGUCUGUCAUGUCCUUCAAAACUACUAUACCCAUGUUCGUCACUUGCAUGGCACCGUUCUUUCUCGUCUACUUCGUUGUAGAUGGAAUUCACAGGCUUCAACUCAACAAGACUACCUACGUCAGCGAAAAUCCAGACCUCAACGCACAUGCGGAGUUCGAAAGCUAUAUCGCAUUAUGCGUGGCAUGCGUGGUAGCUUGGGCAGUGUUGUCAAUAUAUAUUGCGACGUUUGGGGGAGGGAAAAGAGGCGAAGAGGAAAACGCGAACCAAAAGGCUGUGGCCGAGGAUGUGAGGCAGCGCGACGAGGGAGACAUUGAAUGGCUCGAUUUCAAUCUACUGAAGGAUGAUGUUGAUGUGGAUGUGGUCGGAGAUGAAGCAAAGAGGUUCCACUUGUUCGACAUUGAUGAUGGUAUUAGCAACGUCAGUCUGGAGACUGAUAGCAGCGAUGACGACGUUCAGGAUGGGUCUCGAGAGAGUGUCGGCAGAUUGGGAUGGUGCGUGUUGAUAUGAGGUUGAUAUGGUUUGGAAUGCACGUGGUUGCAGCAAGAUUGGAAGAGACAGAAG